UUACAUAUCGCGCCAUAUUGCAAGGCCAGCUUGUAAGCUAGCAAUGUCGUACGUUGUCCGUAUUAGGGGUCUUCCGUUCUCGGCGAACGCGGAUGAUAUAAUUAAUUUUUUCAACGAUUCUAGAAUAAGAGGUGGGAAGCGUGGCAUAUAUUUUCCUCAGGGGCCCAAUGGCCGUUCAAAUGGAGAGGCUUUUAUUGAAUUGGAAAGCAAAGAUGAUAAAGAAAAAGCUAUGGCACAUCACAAUGAACAUAUGGGUCGCCGUUAUAUAGAAGUUUUCGAUUCAUGCUCUGAAGAAUUGAAUGGAGCCAUGGGACGCAGAUCUUUUAACUCGGCAAACCGCAGAGAACACGUCGUAAGAUUACGUGGUCUUCCCUAUGAUACUGAGAAAAAAGAGAUAUAUGCCUUCUUUAAUGGCUUGGAAAUAGCUCCCAACGGUAUCGGGUUAUUGGUGGAUCAUAUGGGUCGUUGCACGGGGGAAGCAUAUGUUCAGUUCACAUCUUCUGAAAGUCUAGCUCGAGCAAAGGAGAAACAUAUGGAGAAGAUAGGGCACAGAUACAUUGAAAUAUUUGAAAGUACAAUGAUGGAGGCUAACAUGACCAUACAGCGCCAAAUGGAAAUAAAUCAUGACCGUAGUUUAAGCGGGGGACCAGUGUUUGGCCGGGGCAGUCGUGAUAGUCAUCAUAGUGGUAUUAGUUAUUAUGGGGGUCCUCGAGGAGGAUACAAUGCACCUCCGUUCAAUUCAAAUGGGUCAGCUCCAAACAGAGGUCCAGUCGCCGGAAGAUUUGCACCUUAUAGCCGACCACAUGUUUUUGGACAUUCCGGAUACAAUUCCCCACCUAGAAGCUUCGAAGGACCUCCCUCAAAGGGUUCUGGUUUCGGGCCAAUUGGACAUUCUGAAUACGAUGAUCCACAAAGUUUAACUGGCCAUUCUGUCCGUAUGAGAGGGUUACCGUACUCAGCAACGAAAGAGGAUAUCGAUCGUUUCCUUUCUCCUUUACAACCAGUCAGUAUCCGAAUACGAUUCAACUCUGCUAAUCGACCUACAGGAGAGGCAAUUGUAGAUUUUGUCAGUCAUGAUGAAGCAAAAGAAGCAAUGAAAAAAGAUCGAGAAAAAAUUGGAACUCGUUACAUUGAACUUUUCUUAGCAUCUACUCCUAAAGGGAUUUCUCCUUCGUCUCGCAUAAGCAAUGGUGCACAAAUUUCUAAUCGUCGAUCUCCUCCUUCUCAUGUCAAAGGCGGCCAUCAAGGAUCACAAUAUAGUAACUAUCCUCAUCAGCAUUAUGAAUUUGAUGAUCUAAAUUAUGCAGAAGAUGCAGGCUACAAUUCAGGUCUAAGUGGAUCUGAUCUUAACCAGUUAUAUGAUAACUUUCACAAUGGUACUACAAGUGUGAGAGGAUCAAUGGGACAUUCAGGAGACAGUUAUUCGGACUACAGAUAUCGUCAUGGAAAUCACUACUGAGUACAAGAUACUAUUUUACAUGUAUUUUGCGACUAUGAAAAAUAAACAUUUUAUCAGAAAA